AUGUCUGUAGAACAUAUCAAUUCCCUUUUAUCAUUUAAUAAAUUUAUUUCCUCACACCCCAAUGUUUUGGUAGACUUUUUUGCUACUUGGUGUGGUCCAUGUAAAAUGAUUGCUCCUUAUUUUGAAGAACUUGCAAGAACAAAUCCAUCAAUUAAAUUUGUAAAAGUUGAUGUUGAUCAAGGUGCUGAUAUCGCCCAAAGGUAUGGUGUUCAUUCUAUGCCUACAUUCAUUCUUUUUAAAAAUGGUCAAGAAUAUGAUAGAUUUAGUGGUGCCAACAGAGCUAAACUUCAAGAGUUUUGUCAAUCACCUACAAGGACAUUUCCAGUAAAUAAAAUAAGUCAUAGGCCUAGCUCUAACUCAUCACUAACAAUGACUCUUGUUAUGUUAGUGUUAAUUUUUAUUGGGUUCUUAAUUAUUAAGAAAUUAAUAAACUGA